GAGAACAGAGUUGUGUCCCAUAUCUGGAAAAAAAGCAUAGCAGUGCACACACGGGUCUGGUCUGCUCCAGGGAUUAUCCUAGUGCUUUCAGAUCUGAUGGAGGACAUGCAGGCAUGAAUAGGGCUGUUCUGUUGUCAGUGCAAGCUCAAGCCAGUGAUGGACUACAGCCGGACCGGCGCUAACCUUAGCUGGCAUUCAUGAAACAGCAUUCCUCCUUACCGAGACCAGCUCCACAGAAUGCUGAGUCCUAUUGUCCCCUAUAGCUUGUUAAAGAUGCACUGGAACCCAGAGCAUGCCCAGCAUCUCAGCCAGUGGCCUGAGCAGCACCUGGACGUCUCCUCCACCACUUCCUCUCCAGCCCACAAGUCAGAAUUCUACUCUGGUCGCAGCCGCAGUUCUUACAACUAUGCCUGGGCCAAUGAUGACAUCUCUGCUCUUACAGCCUCAAACUUGUUGAAGCGCUAUGCUGAGAAGUACGCAGGUGUGCUGGACUCACCAUACGACCGGCCUCCAACUGUGGGCACCUACCCAGAGCCAGGGACUUUUGGGGGCCUGAACGGCCAGAAGACGGAGCUGGAGCCUUGGCCGCUGACGCACAGCACAGAUGCCUCCUAUCCCUUGGUUCCCCCUGGAGGCCAUGACAGCCUUUCAGGCUCCAAGAAUGUAGCCACAUCCUCAGGCCCUCCAGGGGUUAGCAGCGUGUCAGUAGUGAACAGUAACCUUUCAGACUCUGGCUACAGUGGCAGCAGCUCUUGUAGUGGUUCAAGCGAGUAUCCUUCUAGCUACAAUGGCACCUAUCUUUCCUCAGGGUUCUGUCCACAACCCAGCGCAGCACUUCCCCCUGCCUCCCUCCAUACUCUUCAGUCUAACCCAACUCUGGUGCCCAGCUACAGCCCUACUACACCAGUCUAUAACUAUCCCGCCAGCACAUACCCUCCCCAAACCAGUCUUGCCCCCACCUAUAGCCACCCCUCUACCACUUACCUUCCCUCAGGUUUACCAGCUCCUACCCCAGUUCCCACAAGGCCCACAGUGGUAGGAGGCAGCUACAGUUAUCAAAGCGCUAACCUUGGGGCAUCUGAGUCUGGAGGGACAUUGAAAAGAAAAGCAUUCGAGAUGAACAUUGAGGAGGAUGACAGCGGGGACAGGUCCCGGUACAGGAAGUAUAGCUAUGACCCACUGAAAGUUGGAGGACACUCUCCCUACAGUGUGAAUGAAAAAACAGAGUGCCGGGGAAAUGGCUUCAGCAGUUCAGGCAGCACAGACACUCAAACCUUCAAGUCCACCAAGCCUGCCUCCCAGCCUCUAGUAUCUCCUCAGUUUGGGUCAGGAGGAGAGUACAGUCCUCCAGCAGGCAUGACAGGAGAGAAUGGGGUGGCAGAACAGGGCUUCACUCAGCAGCAGCACCGCUCUCAGGCUCUCAAACGCCCUCCAUUAUGUACUCCAACUGUUGAAACUAUGAAGAGCCCAGACCCUCGACUUAUGGAGCUAAUCAAUGAGGAGUUACUGGACUGCCUUCCUGCACUGGGCUGGAGUGAACUGGCUGGGCUUACCCAUGUUAAGGCUGCCUUGGAAGAGGACCUUCUGUGGCCUGUGUUGAGGCCCAGUCCAAUGGUGCGACCUCCAAGAACUGUCCUGCUGUUUGGCCCGAGGGGAGGGGGUAAGACCACACUGACUCGUUCAUUGGCCUCACAGUUGGGAGCUUCCUUUUACCACGCAAGUGGAGCCAUGCUGGCCUCUAAAGGGAAGAUUGAGGCCGAACACAUUUUGAGCUCCCUGCUGCAGGUGGCAGGGGUACGGCAACCCUCAGUGGUGAUGCUUAGUCAAGUGGAGGCCAUGGAAGAGGAGGGGCUGAGGCAGGUACUGUUAAGUACUCUGGAAAAAGCUCAGGUGGGGACUACAAGUCUGGUGAUUCUUAUAUGUGCUACUGGAAGGCCAGAUCUACUGCAAGAUGCCGUACAUCGGAGCUUUGCUAAGAGAUAUCACGUUGGCCUACCAGAUGUGGGUAUGCGUCGACAGGUGCUGCUGCAGGCCCUGACACCCCAAGGCUGCAGCCUGAGCGAGAGGGAGCUGAGCGCUGUGCUGCAGCGCACAGAGGGUUUUUCAGUAUGGGAGCUGCUGCAGCUCAGUCAGCAGGCUCUCUCUUCAGCAUCCUCUCCAAGUGGAGCCAUGCAUGGCCUAUCCACAUCCCCCAAACCCCCAGACUUCACAGACUUUGAGAAUGCUUUCUGCAAGGUGCGGCCACACACAACCACAAAAGAACUGGACACUUGUAUAGAGUGGAGUAAGAUGUAUAGCCACUAAGAAGGCAGCCAGUCACUCUACUUGGACUGCACUAUGACCCUGUAUUUGCUUUGACAUAAAAAACCUUGAGAAUUUUUUGUUUGUUUUGGUUGUUUGUUUUAUUUUUAAUUACAGAUUAUGCAGCCAAAAGAGCAAGAGAAGCUCAAGACUUGGGGAGUGUGGACAAAGUUCUUUCAUUGGCAGAAGAUGCCAUGGUGUGCUGUUUUGUUGUGCUCAGAAUACUCGCAAUAUUUUAUUUCAAUAUUUUUUCCCAAAGAUACAAAAGGUGAAUACAUCUUGUUGAGUGGGUUGGUUUUGGCUAAUGGAAAACUACAUUUGCUAUUUGGAUAUUCUCUGAGAUCCUGAUUAGCCUUGGUCCAAAUCAAUUAUUUGUUGCUAGGUGACAUGGUCCAAGAUGAUGGAUAAUCAGGGUUUGGAAAAUCCCACCCUUUGGCUGGUACUCUCAGGAUGAUAUUUAUUUCCACUCCACUUCCAUGUUAUUCAAACGUCAAUUUGGUAAUUGGAUUGUCACUAAUCAUUCAGUGCAAAGGGCUUGGGAUCAGCAACACUUCAGCAUAUUUUGACCAAAAAUAGUCAAACCAAAUACAUAAUCAAGAAAGUACUGUUAAAUUUCUAAAAUUGGACUGGUCCUCUGAAUCUCAUCAUGUUAAUAUUCCUGAUAGCUUUCUACCAAAUCAUGACAUAACAGCUAAUUUUCACUAUUCUAAGACAAGUGAAACAUAUUUGAACCUGUGCUUAGUCUGUCCUUCAGUUGUUAAAGUGAAAUCUUUUUGUUACACUCAGCUUGUUUGGUUGCAGAAUUACUUCUCAUGCAUCCUUAUUUAACACAGCAACGGUAUUGUGUUCUCACUUAAUGUGGUACAAUUAACUGAUAAAAUACUUUUUUAUUCACAUUCCACAUCGACUGCAGUUUUCCUGAGAAAACCACUUACGGAUCAACAUAAGCACAUCCAGCUUUUACCACAGCAUGUCUGUUUUCCUAUUUCAUUUACUCCUUUUGUUUCAUAUAAUGUAGUCUUGUUUGAAAUGCUCAGGAAGAAUUUCUUUACCUCAGAAAUAUGAAAUAAAGAAUGUAUGUAAUCUUAGGGUCUUAGAAGAAAGUGGCAUGAAGCGAGAUAAAGGUGCGGGGAGAAACCUGACAGUCUUGUAAAACCCACUGCAGCUGGGCUUGUACCUCGGGUGAGAAACUUGAAUAUGCUACAAAGAGUAACAUUGAAUGUAAUUCAGGUAUUUCAAAGGAUAUUUGAUGCCAUAAAUCCAUGUAUUAUUAUAUAUGAAUAUAUAAAUAUGUUUUUUUUUUUUCUUUUACUCUUUUUUGUUGUAGUUUAUGGUGAAGUGAUGAUUGUCUUCAAGAAAUGCUAUGUAGAAUUCAGAAAAUAUUCCUUUUUUGUUGGACAAACUGUUCUCUUGUGUUUACAUAUCUUGUAUGUGCAUGUCUGCUCUUGACAGUUUUACUGGUGCAAAAUAGCUUCUAAAAAGUGUAAAUGUAACACACAGUAGAACAUGUGCAGUCAGAAGGGAAAAUUUCGGCACAAAAUAGCAUAAAAAAGUCUAAACAAGUUGUUACUUUGCAGCUUUGAACAUAUCCUAAAGCAUAAUUUUUCACAGCUAAUGUGUAGAUAUGAAGCCAACAUGUAGACAAUCCAGGAAUAUCUCUCUUUUCGCAGCAGUCCUUCAGCUCCGAUUUAACAAGCUGGAAAAAAACAGUCACGACUCUGCAGGCGAAGAGGUCGUAUGUUGUGCUGUUACCAUGGUUGUAAAGAGGUACACACAAGAUGAUGUAAUAUUUCCAACCAUCCUUUCCUCCCUCUGUCUCCCUCUUCCCCCCACCUUCAUCAUUCUUUUUCUCUUUUUCUUCUUUCCCCAAUGCAAUCUCAUUAGAUUGGAUUGCCCCCUGGCCACAAGCCUCAGUAACCAUGUGGCAUUGUAUCUUCUCCCCAUCCCAGCCCCCACCUUCCCCUUCCCUUAUAGCGAUUCCUCUGGAGUGGAAGUGGGCUGAUUGAUGUCCGGCAAUCCUAUAUCACAGCACACCCUUCUGUCACCAGCUGGUGGCUUCAGUCUUGCCAUACAGCCAGGUCAAUCAGAGUGACUCCCAGAGUGCAUCCUUAUCACUGUCUUAGAAAAUGGAAACGCAUGUACAGAUUACAUAGCAGCCCCUGCCUCAAUCCGGAUUAUGUCAGUGAUUUUCACAUGUAAUUAUGGAAAUGAAAUAAUAAUGAAGACUUGGAGUUGCUUUGUUUUGAUUCCUCAUAACUUUUCCUUCACUGACAGUUUGUCCAACAAAACAAGACUUUGUUUUGUACGUUUCAAUCUGUUACUGCAGCAACUUUGUUCUUGGUUGUUGUACAUUUUCUGUAACCAUUUCUACCUCAUUUUUGCGGCAUAUUGUACAUGAAAGUAUUUAUUUCAUGUCUUUUUGAUGUCUGUUUUAAAAAUGAUAAUAAUGUUCUUGAACUGUAAUAGUCUACCUCAGAAAAGACUGUAUUUUAAGAGAAGAGUAUCACACAAUAUUAAACAAAAUUUGUCAA